CGACGAGAAGUUCAUCGAAGGUCAGAGACAAAACUUUUGAAGUUUUGAUCCUUCAGUUCGGAGUUUAUUUAAUAAGCAUUUUGCUUUACCAUCAAGCUUUCUAUAACAGUCAUGGCUUCACGAGAUGGGCCUAGGGCUUCUGGAACUGAUGGCUCAGAUUUUAGUCACAGACAGCGUGUGGCUUCACAUUACAAAGAGAGCGUCCUUUGGAAGGGGAAGUUAAAAGCUUGUCUUUGCCUCCAUUUAUUUCUGAUCGUGGCUGCUGGAGGUUGGAUUGCUGCUGCUUACAAUGGGUAAGGAAAAAAAUGGUCAUCUUAAUCAUAAUUGUGUAGCUAAAGGAAAAUGUACUUCCAUGAAAACAAGAUUAGCUGAUGGUGCUUCAAGAGAUAACAGCAGGGUUAAAAUUAUAAGCCUCUGCAGUAAUAGAAGCAGCUAUUUCAGUAUAUUUAAUCAGUAAUUUUUCUUUAUUUUGGAUCACAAAGUGGUUAAAUCAUCCACCCUGCUAGGGCAAGAUUUCCGUAUAACUCUACAUCUCAUUACGCAGACAGAGAAUGGAUAACAGAAAACAAUAGCAGUACAAAAGAUUGCCUUUGAGACUACAGCUUUGAUUUGGAAUAUUAAGGGGUUUAUACGGCAAACUCUCCAACCGAUUAAAACUAAAUGAGGCUCAUCUUUUUAAUUAAUUGGUUCUAGUGUCAUGCCCUCAUGGGUGGUAAGCAGGGAUAAUGUGAAAUGCUUUGAAAUCCACUAGAUCAAUCUUAAAGAUUUUAUCUUUAAUGAGGUACUGGUAUAAGGGAGAGAUAGAGAGAGAGAUACUUUAUUAACCACCAUUGCAGCCAUAGGCUGAAUUACGGGAUAUUUACAAAUACUGAUGAUAACAAAAGAGAGAAUAAGAAAAAUUUUCUACAUCUUAUAGACAUGGCUAAAAAUAAAACUGUUCUUCAAACGCUCAGUUUUACAUAGGGGGAGAGUGAAAUCACUUUUGCGUCUCAGUGCAUAUUUGCAACUCUUCCUUUGGGGGAGGAGGCUAUGGAGAUUGUGGGUGGGGUUACAGACGAUCUCGUCAAACAGAUCGAUUGAAAUCUUUUCUCUCCGCUCAUGAAGUUUCGGUAGGCCAACUGUUUCUAGUGCUACACUAUAUGAAAGGUCAGGAUAGAUGAUUCUGAAUGCCCUUCUUUGGAUCCGUUCCAAAUCUUCACUGAUGUAGUUUGGUAGAGAACGAUGGAAUACAGGACUUGUGUAUUCCAGGACGGGCCUAAUAUAUGUCACAUAGAAUUGCACCAGUUCACUUGGUGCCACUCCAGAUCUCUUGAGUUGAUGUAAAAAGUAGAGACGAGAGGAACAUUUUCUAAUUAGUUCAGAGGUUUGCAUGUUCCACUUUAAAUCAUUGCUUAUGGUCACGCCUAGCAAUUUGGCACUGGUGACUAGUUCAAGGGGUUUGCCAUUUAGAACUAGGGGUUCGAAAUCGUGGUUGCUGUUGGAAAAACCAAUUCAAAGUUCUUUGCACUUGGCCUCAUUCAGUUGGAACCCAUCGAGACUUGCUUGUCUCGAAAGGUCAUCCACAGCUUCAUUUAACAAAAUAAUUAAUUAAUUUUUUUAAAUUAAUUUUUUCUUAACAUUUAAGAAACACUCUACUAAUAGAUUUGUCUGUAAUGAGGUAAAAGAACAAAUUCUAUGGCAUAUAAGUGGGUAUUUAGUGAUAGUAAAAAAGGUAUUGCAGCUAGAAUCAAGAAUUAUGAAAUAGACCAGGUUGGAAUUUUUAGAGUUGAGAGGUUAAACACCUGCAAGAUUUUAAACUGAAUAUUUGCAUUUAUGUGAUUCACAGAAUGGUUAAAGAUCAACCAAAACUUUGGCAGGCAGCCUGGUUAUUGAGUGCUCUACCUACAAUUGUAGGGCUUCUAAGCCUUCCAAAGAACAAUACCAAACAACUUUACAUUUAUGCAUUUGCAACAUUAUUUAUUGGAGUUGGUCCUCUAGCAUUUGGUGCUUGUGUAAUGGUUCAAGAAAUCUUCUAUAAUGUUAGUCAAGGAAGAGCACCAGCUACCCAGGAACAUCAGAUGGCACCAAUGAAAAUGGCAUUAUCAGCUUUCCUGAUUCAAUUUCAUGGAAUCAGUUUGUAUUACGCAAACAAGCUCAUUACUGCAUGGAGUUCCAAGGGAGAGAAAAAGAACUCAUAA